CUGCCAUUUGUGCUACUAGUUCACACGAGCUAGUGAUGCCCAAUGAAGAUAAUUUUGUUAGUGAUAGUCAAAUCGAUAAUCAAAUACAAGAUGUAUGGGAUACUUCCAAAAUUUGGCCUGCAUUAUGGACAAAAGAACAGGUAAUAGAGUUUCAAAAGAAAAACUCAUGGUUAAGUAGCAAAAAUGGGAAACUAGGAUGUAAUAAUUGCAUUCAAGCUAAAAAUAGUAUCAAUUUUCAAAAAUCUAACAUCGAUAGCGAAGUUCGAAUUUCUUCUGAGUGGGUAGGCUUUGAAAUCAUAGCUGCUGGGUGUAAUCGUACAAAUCAACUGGCUUCAUUAAGAAAUAAAAUUAAACAACAUUCAGAAAGCAAAGCUCAUGUGUUAGCUGAAAACAUAUUGAAAAAAAGCUCAGACAAAGUAUUAGAUAAAAUGUUCGAACGUAUAUCUGAAGUAGAGAUUGAUUCCAAUACGCGACUUUUUAGAACUGUAUAUUGCUUGGCAAAAAAUCACCGUCCCUUUAAACAGUUUGAAGAACUUGUUCAAUUACAACAAAUCAAUGGAUUGGACAUGGGAUCUUCCUUACAUAGCAGAAUAACUGCCACUCGAAUGGUAAACGUCAUUGCAAAGGAGAUGCGCAAACGACUUAUUUUACGCCUUAUACAGUCGAAUUCGAAAUUUACCAUAAUGAUUGACGAAUCAACAACGCUGAGUACCAAAUGUACACUAAUUUUGUAUAUUUCAUCAUAUUUUGACGUAGAAUCGCCGGUUGUAGCAUUCUUAGACCUGAUUGACUUAGAUAGACAAGAUGCUGAAACUAUCGAAAAAUCUAUUUGGUUAAGUUUAGAAUGUAAUGGGAUAUCAACAUCGUUUGCAUUAAACAACUGGAUUGCUUUUGCCAGUGACGGAGCAAGUGUAAUGACGGGUAAGAAAGCUGGAGUUGCUACUAAACUACGCGAAAAAAUUCCGAAUCUAUUUACCUGGCAUUGUUUAUGUCAUCGCCUCGAACUCUCAGUACAUGACGUAAUAAAAGAUUGUACUGGAGUCUCUCGUUUCCAAAGUCUAAUGGACAAACUCUACGCUUACUAUCAUCAAAGUCCUAAAAAUUCAAUGGGUUUAGAUAAAUCUUGUGUUGAAGUAGGCAUUGAAAUGAAAAAAAUAGGUCGUGUUUUGAAUGUACGCUGGUCUGCAAGCAGUUUUCGAACUAUAAAAGCCAUAUGGAAUAAUUAUCCGGGAAUAUAUUUACAUGUUAGUAAAACACAUGAUGUGACAUCAAAUGGCAUAAAAAAAAAAUUAGAAUCCUCUUCUUUUUUGGAGGAACUUGGACUUUUUUACGAUGUUCUUUCUGAGCUUGCAAUGUUAUCUUGUAUAUUACAGUCCAGAAAAACAACUCUAAUGCGUGCCCAGUCGGAGAUAAAUAGAACGAUUAGAAUUUUAGAAAGUCUGAAAGCUGAACCUGGGGAAAAAGAAAAGGAAAUUAUAGAAGCUAUUCAGAAAGGAAUUAACAAAGGUGUCAAUAUUACAAUGACAAAAUCAGGAGGGAUUAACAGGUUACAAUUUUUGCAAAAUUUAGUAGACAGAAUGCGUCAACGCUUAUUUGAUGACUCAAAAAAUAAAACAAUGCUAGAAGACAUUCAGGUAAUUGAUGAAGUGUUCAAAGUAGCAAUUAAUGAUGCAAAGGGAGAAGAUGAAGUUAAAAGAGUAUCACGGACAUUAGGUUUUUCUGAAUUUGAAAGUGUAGUUGACUUCCGUUCAAGAAAUGUUUUUUCUAGUUUCAUGAAAGCAUUAAAUAUACUCCCAACUUCAACAGCUGAUUGUGAACGAGGGUUUUCCGAUAUGAAUUUGACAAUAACUGAUUUAAGGACUAGCUUAAACAUUGAAAAUGUGUCAGAUUUGAUGUUCAUCUCUAUCAAUGGCCCUUCAAUUGCAGAUUUUAAUCCUAGACCUUAUAUUAAAAUUUGGUUAAGAGAUCACCGUUCUGCCGUUUCCACUCCUAGAGGUAAAGAAAGAAAAGAAAUAGACGACGAAAAUAAGAUGCAGAAAUUAUUUUUUAACAAUUUAUUUAAUUAAAUUUUUUAGUAUUUGUAUAUUUUCAUAUUUUAUUGACUUAUAAAGGUAAUUUCAAGCUUUUUUUAAAAGUUUGAUUUUUUUUUUCAUAUUUU